GCACGUUUUAUUGGUACAACUUUUUGGAAGUGUGAAUAAAUGAGCUGGAAAAUUAUUUUACCAAUGUGUGUUGCAAAUAUACAGCAAGUAACAGUGUCAAGAGGAAUCACCAAGUAGUUCGGUUUUCCUUUGCACUGUACUCUACAUUAUAAAUCAAUUUCUUAUUCCUACAGCAUUUUACUUCUAGUACGGGGUAUAAGCUACAGUAUUUCGACGCGAUUUGAAAGUCUCUUUCGGCAGCAUAACAAAACUUCAGGUACCUUGGCAUGAGCAAGCACUGUGAAAAAAAAAUAAGUUCGGGGGAUGACUCGCUCGCUUGCUUGCAAAUCAAUGACUGAAUAUAUGUCCACUGAUUAAGUAUCCUGAGUGAGUGCGAUUUGCCUUUUUAAACCUAAUCUAUUAGGCUUAUAUGAUACAGUGCGACUGCUUUGCAGCAAAACACCGCCACGCUGAAAUUCGCUCAGCAUUGCCUUUCUUGAGGCAAGCUCCGUCACUUGCACGAAUGGCGUCGGAUCACAUUUAUAAAAACGUCAGCAACUAUCAAGUGCUUCAACGUAAUUCGCGUGGUUACGCUGGUGUGAUACCUUCCGGCGGUAAACGUGUACAAUAUUUGGCCACGGGCGGCCCUCACCGGGUGGGCGACCGGUUCCCCGUUUACGUCGGCGAUGUGUGGGUCAUGGCCGGCCAAAGUAACAUGCGUGGUCAUGCUUACUACAAUGAUCCAUUUACUCUCGAGGCCUUUGAAGAUGAAAUUCUUAAGGAUACCAUGUUGUUUACAUCCGAGGAGACGUGGAAGCCACUGAGCGAGCCCAGCCAUAGUCUGCACCUAUCGCCUCGGUCCGUUCAUCAUCAGUUGCCCGAUCCUACCGUGCGCGACCCCAACCUGCUCAAAUUUCGUGGAUAUUCACUGGCAACAACGUUUGCUCUCGAAUACCGGAAGCUCAACGACAAUGUUCCUGUAGGAUUGAUCGCUUGUGCUCACGGCGGCGUUACCAUGGAUAAGUGGGCUCCUGUCUCCAUGGGCACGGAAGAUGACGGUGCCACGUUGUAUGGAGCCAUGAUAAGCCGCCUUCGUGGACUCGAAGGCCGAUUCGCAGGCAUAUUAUGGUAUCAGGGAGAAUCCGAUGCAGUCGAAUAUGGGCAAACGAUUACACGUCGCCGGAAGCAACUCAAGCAUAAAUACAAAGAUCAGUUGCUGCGUUUUAUCGACGCUGUCCGUCAAGAGUUUCAGCUCAGCACAUUGCCCUUCGCCAUGGUGCAGUUAGCACGGCAUAUUGAUGACGAGGACAGCGACGAAGGGUGGCAAAUCAUUCGUGCCCAACAGCAACAGAUGAUGUCGGAUCGAAUCGCUGUCGUGGCCAGUAUCGAUUGUCAAAUGGAUGACAGGAUCCAUUUGAGCGCUUUCGGUUUGAGCACAGUGGGCGUUCGAUUAGCCAGGGCUGCAACCAACGCCAAAUUGGGAGUUGGAACCAAAACUAGUCCCAUCAUUCGUUCCGUGCAAGCCAUCACACUGCAGGAUUCGGCCACCCAAAGCACCAUGUUAUCCCUGCUCAUUCUGUUUGAUAAUGUGUCUGACUGGGGUUACCGAGAAGAAGUGCAUGGAUUCAGUUUGCGGGACUCGGACGGUCUGAUUCACGAUGUGAUUUACAGCGCACGCAUCGAGCAGAAAACCCGCGUACGACUAUACCUGAAACCGCAACUGUUGCAAGAUCAAAGAAGACAUGACUUGUCGCUUUAUUACGGAUACGGGAAAAACCCGAUUUGCAAUCUCGUGACUGUGAAAGGCAUGGCCCUGCUGGCUUCGGGGCCGUAUUACAAGGGAGGAUAAAAUUACAGCAUCAAAGUAUUAAGAUUUUCGUUGAGAAUGAUAUCGGAUACAGCCAUCAUCACAUGUUGCAAGAGAUUUGUAUCAGUGGCGUCAGUAUAGUGGGAAUACACACGCUUUUCAGUGCUGCGGUUCAAAUGCUGGAAUCUUCGUUUAAAAUAGGUUCGCGUUUGUUCGAGAUCGUUAUUAUCGCCUCGGAAGUCGGGAAACCAUUUGGAUACUGGGGAUGUGAGGAUCUUUUUCUUGAAAAUAUCAAUCUUGUUCAGGAAAAGGAUCAUCGACGUAUGGACAAACCAUUUUGAAUUGCAAAUCGUAUCAAACAGCAUCAGCGCCUCUUGCAU